AUGGUGCUGGUAGACAACAAGACAGCACCUAGAAGAACGGCAUUGCCAUCCCCUAGGUCAACUUCGGUGGCACCACCCAUUCAGAAGGCUGCACCACCCACUGAUAGUUCCAUUGAACCAAGCAAGAUGCCCAUAGUCUUAGUACCGCGCACCCCUGAGCUUCCUCAAUGGAGGCAGAGGCCUGGCAAGUGGACUGCUGCACCCCACUUUGCUGUCAGAACAAAGAGAUGUUCAUCUGUCAGAAGAUCAGACGAAGACACUCAGGACCUUAUCAACCAAACCCUCAAACGUCUCAAUGAGCUCACAGAUUCAAGUUUCCUCCUCAAAAGCGCUCAUGAAGGAUGGGCAGAUAUCUUGUUUAAUAAGCUCAGCAAUCUAGAGACCCUCACUCAGCAUAUUAAUGAGCACACAGUGACUCUCAUGGAUGGGUUCAAGCAGACAUUGGCUAAUGUGCUUAAAACCUACAGCUUGUUUGAGCUUGAAUUCAAGAAGACAGUCGAUGCAGCCCAGGUGAUCCAGGCUAUGUUUCUUGCCCUCCAUGAGGACACCCUUUCUAGUCACAUUGAAGUUCUCGUUGGGAACAAGGGGGGUCAGUUAUGGAAAUCCUAA